AUGACACUUGGGAUGCCCUAUUACGCCCAGAAUCAUCUCCAUACUCAAAACCCUCCCCAACAACAACAGCACAUUUACCAACAGCAACACCAACAGCAUCAGCACCAGCAACAGCACCAGCAGCACCAGCACUUUCAGCAGCAUCAACAGAUUACUUCAUCGCCUCGUCUGGUUAACUCUAACGCAAACGCUCCUACUGUUCAAAACAACAAUCCAGCCAUGUACUCUUCUCCAGCAAUGUAUCCCCAGCAGCUUGCCAUCAACAACGUUGGCAACGGAGGUCCUGCAGGAAUCCCAGCGGGUGCGAUCCUCAAUAACCGCUCAGCAGCGCCAGCAUGGUCAUCUCAACAAAAUGAGUUCUUACGCACUUCUGCCCGAUUCAACGCCUCAAGAUCUUUUGAUAUUGAAGAUGAUAUUGAGUUUUGUCCUUUAAUGACUGAUGAUGAUAUCAAAAGAAGACGUAUUGCAAAUAGCCAUGCUGAACUUUCAUACCUUGCAAACUCGCCAUACUCAACACCAUAUACUUUGUCAAAUGGUCUGCUAGUAAGCAACGGUGGAGGAAGUGGAUCUCCGCUUUUGCAACACCAACAGAUUCCAGAUUACAUGACACUUAACGGAGCCUCUGGGCCUGGCGUUCCUCCUGCAUCUUACCUUGGUUCUCCUGUCCCUCGUCAAUCUGGGUUGGUUAACGGUAACCGACGACAACAACAACAGCAGCAGCAACAGCAGCAACAGCAACCUCCUAUGAUGAUUAUGAUGGAAAAUGGAGGAAUGAAUAUGGGUAUGGGUGGCCUGCCAAACGGAAUCAACAUGAUGACUGGAGGCAUGGACCCUAGUAUGAAGCGUGUGAUGAAUAUGAACAAUAGCAAUGGAAACAAUACCAUGAAUAUGAAUAACGGUGGACUUAUGAACAGAUCUACUACUCCAAGUGGUGGCAUGCGCUCCGUUAGCGGCUACAAUAAUUACUAUACACAGCGAUGA